AUGCGACUGAAACGGCACUCGAGUGUAGAUGGAAUCCGCUUUUUGGAAGCAUGGCAAAGUGAACUCCAAUGCAAUGAGCGAGUCUUCUCUUCGUAUCAUCAUCAUCAUCAUCAUGAGUGGACUGGGUGUCAGUCAAAACUAAUCUACCACGACGUCAGAGAGCAUGCUAUUGUCGGCUUCAUUCGCCGACCAAACAGGAGUCUGUCACCGGCCUCGUUCAUUCGAUUGGUUAGUUCGGCUUGGCGGGCAAUCGAGCAACACAUCGAACAUUCUCGACUAGCCUACAAACCGCGGCCGGAAUGGGUUUUCGCUGCAGGGCCCCCCGCCGGAAAGGGUCCCCGUUGCGUCGGAAUCAUACUCCAGCUCCCAGCUUGCUGUACUAUGCCUAAACGUGUUCGAAUGCCCAUAGAUGGGCAUCAGGUCUCUCGGAGUGGUCAUUCUCCUCUGGCCUCCGGUCUGCCCUGCGCGACUCGAGCUCACGAGAGAAACUCUUUUGCACAAUUUCCCACAUCUUUACAAAUUCUUCGCAAUUGCGUACAGAUCUUUCGGCCUCCCGAGACCCAGAAAAGGAGGUAG